AUGGGUCUCCCACGAACACUGGCCAGUAUGCAAGGCCGUAAUUUCUACCGGCUGAUGUCCUUCAGCUGUGCAAUGGCCUUUCUCAUAUUUGGCUACGAUGCUGGUGUUCUCGGAGGCGUGCAGACCACUAAACCUUUCCUGGAUGCUCUUCAUAUCAGUGAUGAUGAUCUUGAGAGGAAUCCGUUGCUCAUACCCUUGAUCGCGGCCUCGUAUACGCUCGGGUGCUUGUUCAUGGCAAUCACUCUGGUGUGCACGAACUUCGGAUUUCGCUUCGGCCGUCGCGCUAGCAUCAUGAUUGGUGAUGCCCUUGUCAUCGUAGGGGGUGCAAUUCAAGCUUCAUCCCACUCCGUUGGGCAGAUCUGUGCUGCUCGGGUGAUCUGCGGUUUUGGUAUUGGCUUCAUCUCAGCGACCGUUCCCACGUACAUGGCCGAGACGACCAUCGUGGCCCAGGAGAGAGGCCCACAAGCUGCCAUACAAUGCAUGUACCUCAUCUGGGGUGUUGCAUUUGCGUACUGGAUCGAUCUAGGCAUGACGCAAGUCAAAGGUGCCUAUUCACAAGUAUCUUGGAGAUUUCCAAUCAGCUUGAUGUGCUUGUUCUGCCUGAUCUCGCUCUGCAUCAUGGUGAUGCUUCCAGACACGCCUCGCUGGUACUAUGCCAAGGGACGGACCAAAGAUGGCGACAAAGUCUUGUCAAUGCUGUAUGCCCGGCCAAUUCAUGAUCCAGACGUACAGCGCAACAAGCUCGAGAUUCUCGACACUUUGCAGCUUGAAGAAGAUGAAGGCCGAAUCAAUUUGUCAGACUGGGUCUGGGAUCGUUCUCCCAUCCAGGCUGCUCGCCGUGUGAGAACAAGCUUUUUGCUCCUGCUGGGUCAUCAAUUCAUGGGUAUCAAUCUGGUCGUAUACUACAGCACAGUUAUCUUGGCGCAAACCGGACUGAAUCCUCUCAUGCAGUCAGUCAUCGCAGGUGUGGCGAAUACGGUCUUCUUCCUCGGCACUGUAUUCACCUACUUCACUAUUGAAAGAUGGGGCCGACGACAGCUGAUGAUCUGGACGGGCAUCGGAUGUAUCAUCUGCAUAGCGAUCUACCUGGCCCUGAACUCUUUGCAGCAUCAGACCAAGGCCACGCAAUGGAUUUCGGUCGCUAUGGUCAUUAUUUACGAGUUCUUCAUUGGAUGGGGAUACAUGGGACCUCCAUGGCUUUAUGGCCCCGAGGUUGCUCCUCUGAGAUAUCGCCAUCUUGCUGGUGCCGCUGGCGUGGUCGGCGAAUGGUCGGGAUGUUUUAUCAUCGUCUUCGGUGGUGGUACUGCUAUCGGCGUUGUUGGAUGGCCCAUCUGGUUCUGGCCGCUUGGCACAUGCGUUAUCACCGUUCUCUUCGUCUACUUCUGGUGUCCGGAGACGGCAGGUAAGAGUUUGGAAGAAAUUGAACAGGUCUUCAUUGAUGAUGCGAAGACUUGGCCAGGGCCACCACCAAGAUCUGGCGACUUCGAGGUGGCAAGGCGGUGGUCAGCGGAUAUGGAGCGCGAGAAGGACGAGUCGGCGUACGAGAUCGAGUCUACAAAGUCGUGA